AUGGUUCGGCAAUUUCAAAGGUCAAUUGUGGCCCAAAAGAAGUUUCAGUAUCGUGGUGAGAAGCCGAUGUCUUCUGAAGAGGAUUAUCACAAAGCCCAACCGCGAAAGGAUCAAGCUGGAAACGUGAUGUGGCCUGCCCCCAAGAGUCAAAUUGAGAAAGCGAAAGAUUUCAUUCGUGAAUGUGCCGCCGCCGGUAAACAGACGCUGAUCGUCCCUGAUAAAGAUGCUGAUGGUCUUGCUGCUGGAGCCAUCAUCAGAAAGACUCUCAUGUUGCUCGGCCUUGAUUCCAAGCUGAUAUCGUGCUACACGAUGAACAAAAACAGCUUACUACACUACAUGGAUUCUCGUACAAACAUGGAAGCCUAUAAGCCAUCUUACAUCAUUGUCCUCGACCAAGGCUCAGGGAAAUCAGAGCCUGUGAUCGACUCACCCCAUCGCGCGUUAGUCAUUGAUCACCAUCUGGCAGAGGACGACGAUCACCCUGAGGGCGCCAUAUUGGUGACAGCGAACAAAUGUCCGCCGAUAGCUACAAGUUCGCUGCUGACUUAUCUCAUCUGCCGCGACUUACACCAAGGGGUCGAGGAAGCAUGCGGGUGGCUAUGUGUCAUGGGAACACAUGGGGAUCUGGGUAAUGCGAUCAGAUGGCGCUCGCCAUUCCCGAACAUGCAAGCAACGUUUGAGACGCAUACCAAAAAGACGAUAGACAAUAGUGUAAAGCUUAUCAAUGCUCCUCGCCGAACCGCACAGUACGACGUCCCCAGAGCCUGGAAAAUAUUGAUCAAGGCCUCAUCACCCAUGGAGCUUGUUAAGAAUAGGUUCUUAAAGGAAGCAAGGGCCGAAGUGAUACUUGAAAUGAAGAAGGCCGGUCGCGUGGUGCCCAAGUUUUCUGCUGAUAAAAAGAUCGCAGUGAUCCGCAUCAACUCGAAAGCACAGAUUCAUGCUGUCAUUGCAGCACGCCAGGCUCGCCAAUUGUUUUCAAGAGAACUCGAAGUCGUGAUGGUAGCGAAUGAAGGCUACGCGAGAGGCGUUGUCAACUAUUCGUGUCGCGUUCCAACGUGCGCCAGGGGUAGAGAUCCUCCCGUCAACAUCCCAGAAAUUCUUAUUCGAGCAGCAGAGGGAGCGGACGACGAUACGCUGAUAGAGCGAUUGGGACCUAGGUUCGCUGGUGGUCACAAGAACGCAAGCGGCGGAAUGAUUCCCCAAGCCGAAUUCGAGGAAUUCUUGGAGGUCAUCGGAGUCUCAGGGGAUGGAAAGCCAUCGCCUUCGCCGAAGAAGUCACCAAAGGGUUGUGCGAAUCAGGAUCAAUUCAGCAUACGCAGCUAG